GCCUCCGCCGCCGCUGCUACCGCCGGCACGGCCACCGAGGACCGGCUAUCGUCGAUCCUCCUCGGGAAUGGCGUCAGAGAUUUCAGGUUCAAACGUGUUGAUUCAGAUUACUAUGAUUGGAGUUUAGAAGCCCGUCGUGAUGUUCUCGGUGCUGCUUCUAUUCAUCAUCUCUGUAAAAGCAUUGUUCUGGUAAAUACUCAAGCCCCAUCCAAUAUUACUGAUUGUAGUGAUCGUAGCAAUUCAAAGUACUACGUCGUCGUUGUACAGUAUACUGCUCGAUUCAAUGCUGAGACUGUGAAGAACUUUCUGUACACUCUCAACGAUGGCAAGAUAGCUAAAAAGAAAUUCAAUAUGAGACUUGCUCCCGAGGAGACAUCAGUGAAACUGACUGGUUAUGAACACAAUGGAGUUACGUGUGUUGGCAUGAAAACAGAUAUACCGGUGAUUUUGGAUGAAGCAAUUACAAAGCUCAACCCGGAUUUCUUCUGGUUGGGAGGCGGUGAGAUUGAUCUUAAACUGGGGAUGAGGACAUCGGAAUUCAUCAAUUUUGCUAAACCAUUUAUCGUCAACUGCAGUGAUGCUUAAAACAACCUCUGUCACAAAGGCUUUGCCAGUAGGAAAUCUUUUAGAACCUGCAAAAAUUGCUGGUUAAAUUUCAUUAUUAUAGGUUGAUUCGCUUGAUUGUAAUUCCCCUUUCUGGAUUGUGAAGUUUCAUCUUUAUUGAGAUUUUUACACAAA